UUGGGGGAAUAUGGCAACUAUGGACGACAUUCGGGUUGUCAGUGAUAUCGUACAAAGGGUACGAUCUGAUCGUGUUCAUUGUGUCCGAUGGGUCGUGUAGAACUCGCAGCCGACUGCAACUGCUGUUUUCGGCUGUCUCGCCCGCGUAUAUCCGUGUAUACUCGCUUGAGCAUUUGUACGCAUCGAGUUUCGGAGUACGACAUUGUCGCAGCCUACUCGGACCACUGUCGUCAUUAACCAAGGAUGGUCACGUGUCGCGACUAAGCUGGUAAGAAAUUAUUCAAAGCUGCGAACUGAAUCGUACAAGAUUGGACAGGACAUCGGCAGGAAACACCGUGUCACGGUACUGUUCACCGUCGUUCCUUUGAUCCGAGUUCUCCAGUAGAGGGAACAUGAGUAAAGGACCGCAAGAGGAGGACAAGAAAACUCCGGCAGAGAGGACUCCGGGCAACGGUCUCAGAAAUCACUCCUGGAGUCAUGGUCACGAGAGCGGAGACGAGGAUGACAGUGGCCUGCUUGGUUCUAGUGCAGCGGAUUCGAUUCAGAGAAGAUCGACUCCGCACGAAAAUCAGACUACAUUUGAUACCACGACAUUUGCGGAAGAUAAAAUGAGACGAAAGCUUAGAUUCUUUUUUAUGAAUCCUGUCGAAAAGUGGCAAGCGAAACGCAGAUUUCCAUACAAGUUCAUAGUGCAGGUCAUUAAAAUAGUACUGGUUACGACGCAGCUAUGCUUGUUUGCACAUAACAAUUAUACCCAUGUAAAUUACACCUGGGACAACCGAAUUGCCUUCUCUCAUUUAUUUCUGAGAGGAUGGGAUGCCACGCAGGAGGUGCCAGCAUACCCUCCUGCUACCGGUCCCCUUGCCCUGUAUAAACAAGAUGAAUUUUAUGAAACCAUAGAUUAUGCCUUGGAUGGUUAUUAUAAUCUUAGCAAUGCGAUUGGCUCGUAUUCGUACACAGCUGAAGAUAAUUCGGUAGGUCCAGUCAUUCUCUGCUUAUACCAGUACAAAGAAGGUAUAAUAUUUGGAUUUAACGAAAGUUAUAUUUUUAAUAGUGAAAUCGAUGAAACUUGUAUAAACAUUACGCAUAAAUAUUCUCAUAAAUUUCAAUCCAAAGCAUUAUUAGCGAAAAGGAAUGUUAAAAUAAAUUUUUCUGCCCUGGUCAGGGCUCAUCUGACGUUCGAGAUAAAAACUGUUAAUUUGAAGGCUGCUGGCCCAAUAACGCCACCCGAUUGUUAUCAAUUUAACGUCAAGAUCAUAUUUGACAAUCGCGAUCACGAUGGACAAAUGCUGCUAUCGUUAGAUGCAGAUGCCAAACGCUUGGAAUGUAAAGGAGACACUCGGUACAUUACGGAUAAUCAAAUUGAGUCAGCUUUGAGAACUCUCCUUAAUACAUUUGUCAUUUUGAUUUGCUCCAUUUCUCUUAUCCUAUGUUCGCGUGCUAUUUACCGAGCGCAAUUGCUCAAGUUCGAAACCGUAAAUUUCUUUAAAAAGACUUAUGGCAAAGUUUUAAGUAUGGAAGGGAAAUUAGAAUUUUUGAAUUUGUGGUAUAUAAUGAUUAUUAUCAACGAUCUCUUAAUAAUAAUUGGUUCUGCCAUAAAGGAACAGAUAGAAAGAAAACAGUAUGGAAAUGAUCACUGGAACAUUUGUAGUAUAUUUCUCGGGACGGGUAAUUUGCUCGUUUGGUUUGGAGUUUUGAGAUACCUCGGUUUCUUUAAAACGUACAAUGUAGUUAUCUUAACGUUGAAAAAAGCUGCUCCAAAAGUGGCACGAUUCUUAAUAUGUGCUAUUUUAAUUUACGCGGGAUUCACAUUUUGCGGAUGGUUAAUUUUGGGCCCGUAUCACAUGAAAUUUCGAUCUUUGGCCACAACGUCAGAGUGCCUUUUCGCUCUUAUCAACGGAGAUGACAUGUUCGCUACAUUUUCGAUAACGUCCUUCAAGUCACCAAUUUUAUGGUGGUAUUCGAGGAUUUAUUUAUAUUCAUUUAUUUCUCUCUAUAUCUACGUUGUCCUUAGUUUAUUUAUAUCUGUGAUCAUGGACGCGUAUGAUACUAUUAAAAUUUAUUAUCGAGAUGGUUUUCCAAAAAAUGAUUUACAAGCUUUCAUAGCUGUGUGUACGGAUGAAGCUUCUAGCGGCGUUUAUAGACAGGAGUCCGAAAGCAGUGAUUUGACGGAACUUUUUGAUCGAAUUUGUUGUUGUCGGAAAAGACCUUACAGUUAUUUUGAAGACUCAAAUAGUGCCUCGACUGUUAAAACGGAAAACACAUUCGGAGGCGCUAUCUGUAUAUAGCUUGUUAAACAAAAAUAAACCGUUUGAUUAUGGGUCAAUGUUGGAAACAUCAAUUUGAUCGACAUGUUAGAUAUGUGACUUGAAAAAGUAUUUCUUAGAAAUUUGAGACUUCUUAAAUAUUGCAAAGAAUGAUUCUAUCUGGUGCAAUCAUUUAUUAUUUAUAAAUAAAAUGAUGGUAUGGAAAGUUAUUGAGCUGAUGUGUAAAAAUAUAUACGCAUAUAAUGGGUACUCAUAUCUGCCAUAUACUAAUUUCUAUUCCUCGUUGUUAUCCAAUAAAGGAAUUAAUAAUUAAUAUCACGUGCUGCCAAUCUAUAAGUUUUUCUUUUGUUUGAGCAAAAUUACAUAUUAAUUUUUCAACUUUCACAACUUUGCACGAUUUUUCCAUUUGUUGUUUCAUGAGUACAUAUUGUAUGCACGAUUUUAAUAAUUCUUUUAAAUACGUACUCAUACGUUUACACGUUUAUAUCUUUUAUAAUAGAAUAUAUACUUUAGGUUCGACCGAGAGAUUCAAAAUUAUGCAAACCAUUUUAUACAAAAAAAAAAAAAAAAAACAGUAGCUUAUUCGGAAUUUCCAAGUAAAAACAAUGUUAACGUUCGUGUUCAUUCAUAUAAUACUCAUUACAUCAAAGUUACAUAAGCGCACAAAAUUCAAUUCUUAUUGAAUCUUGUAGCAUUUGAACAAGGCUACAUUUAUGAUUCAAACAAACUGUAAGUGGUGUAAUAAUGAAUAUAUGGAAAAAAAUUUUUUUUUCUCUAUAAAAUUAACGACUUAUCAAUAGCAAAGAGGAAUAUUUAUUUAUUGUAACUACCAACCUCUGAAUCAUUUGUAAAUGACAACAAUCGGUUUUAGGAAAGGCUUCUGUACACACAUGAAAUAAUAAUAUUAACGAAAUAGUUUUAUAUUACUCGGUUUAUAUAAAAAAAUACUGGCAUUACCGACAAUACAACCUUUACUGCCUAUCAGAGUUCAUUGUUCUAUUGCAUAAAAAUUUUCUAUACAAAAGCUGAAGCGAGGAGUAUGUAUAAUAUAUAUUUAAGAUGUACGUAAUUAGAAGAAUACGAAAAUUCAUAACCAUCAGGAAAUAGCACCGCGAGUUUAAUAAAAUAGUUUCACUUUUAUUUCUUAGAAACAACGCAUUUAUUUCGAAGAAUUUAAGAACAUUGUGUUCAUAAAACCUAUUUAUAUUGCAAAUAACACAUUACGUUACGAUUAAUUCCAAUUUUUUAUGUGAGACUAAAGUCAACAAAUUAAAUUUAGCAUUAUUGUUGGCGUAAGUGUACAAAUUUCGCUGAAAGUAAAAAAUAAGUAUUUGUUACAUAUGAAUGAAAUGAUAGUGUAUUUACAAACCUUUAUAAGUACAUUAGCUCAUAUAACACAAUUUACCACAGUAUAUUACAUACAACUUGUAAUGUGUGUGCCAAAGAAAUGUAACGUUUAUUCAUGUACGCAAAGUGUAUUGCAAUACAGUGAUUAUUUUUAUA